CCAGGCUGCCCAUCAACUCUGCCAAAUGUUGCUUUAAUAGCAUUUUGGGGACGUUUGUUAAGCCUUUAUUGCCCUUCGUUUGUGGAAACUGGAGACAUAAAGCUCAGACUUUGCGGGCCCUCGCGUUAAAAAGCACCGUGUCAACAAGCGGUAUCAGUCCUGUCUGUCUGCUUUUUGAUGCAUUGGACACAGCAUCAAAACUAGCUGGGGGUUAGCAUGCCAAGCGUCAGCUGUCUAGCUACCGUUACUUAGCUAGCCUGCUAGCUUGUUGUAACGAAAAUGAAUUACACGCCAAUCAGAUCGGAGAUAGAGUCAAAGCAGGAAGUCGUCAUCGUGAGCGGAACACUGUUCCCGCGAAGAUUGAGAAGCUCUGCUGUUGUUUCUACAGUCACCUUAUUAUGAGUAAAAGAAAAGGAAAAGACACCCAUCUGCCAAUAGGAGAAUGCAUCACUCAGGCUCAACAGAUUUUGAGGGAGCGGUUUUGCCAGCGGAAGCUUCCUGACAGGCCUGAGGGCGUGGAGGCUCAACACAGACGCCUCCUGGAGCUGCUGAGGCGGACAGCCAUCCACGGGGAGAGUAACUCUGUGCUAAUCGUCGGCCCCAGAGGAGCCGGGAAAACCACGCUGCUCAGGUGUGUGCUGAGGGAGCUGCUGGAGGACAAGGAUGUGCAGAAAAACCUUCUACAGGUUCAUCUCAACGGUCUGCUACAGACCGACGACAGGAUAGCGCUAAAGGAAAUAACGAGGCAGCUCCAGCUGGAAAAUGUCGUCGGUGACAAAGGGAGUUUUGCGGAAAACUUGGCUUUCUUGCUGGAGGCGCUGAAAAAAGGUGACCGCAGCAGCAGCCGGCCGGUGCUGUUCGUCCUGGACGAGUUCGACCUGUUCGCCCACCACAAGAACCAGACGCUGCUCUACAACCUGUUCGACGUCUCCCAGUCGGCCCAGGCGCCCGUCGCAGUGGUCGGCCUCACCUGCCGACUGGACGUUUUGGAGCUGCUGGAGAAGCGGGUGAAGUCGCGGUUUUCCCACCGACAGAUCCACCUGCUGAGCAGCCUGACGUUCCCUCAGUACCUGGAGCGCGUCCGGGCCCAGCUCAGCCUUCCCGACCACUUCCCCGACCCGAAUUUUGCCCAGGAGUGGAACGCCGACGUAAAGACUCUCUGCGAGGACAAAUCAGUUGAGGAAGUUCUGCAAAGACACUUCAACUCCAGCAAAGACUUCCGCUCCUUGCACACGCUGCUGGUAAGGCUAACCGGCAUCUCACCUCUCGUCGCGGUCGGCAGCACCCGGGUAAUCGAACAUCCCGUCUGGAAUAACCCUUUUCAGCUCCCGUGCCUGUGCCGCGUCUCUGUCUCCAAACCCUCCAUCAGACCGGCUGAUUUGCUGGAUGCCAGCCGCCUGUGCCUCGCUGAUGCAAAAGCAAACAUGCUCCAUGGGCUUUCAAUCUUGGAGCUGUGCCUCGUCAUCGCCAUGAAACACCUCCAUGACGUCUACGAGGGGGAGCCCUUCAAUCUCCAGAUGGUUCAUAAUGGUACGCCCACACAUUUAAAAGAAGAGGGGGGAGGGGGGGAGAAAGAAAGGGGAUUUUUCUCAUGUUUUUUCUGCCGCACGCGUCUGCCACGUUUAGAGUUCAAGAAGUUCCUGCAGAGGAAGUCCAACUCCAUGUACAACUUUGAGCAGCCCGUUGUGAUGAAGGCCUUCGAGCACCUCCAGCAGCUGGAGCUGAUCCGGCCCGUGGACGGCUCCUCGGCCAAAACGCAGAGGGAGUACCAGCUGAUGCGCCUCAUGCUGGACCACAGCCAGAUCAUGGAGGCGCUACAGAAGUACCCCCAGUGCCCCACCGACGUCAAACAGUGGGCCAUGUCGGCGUUCGCCUAACGCCAACUGUAAAUGUCUCUGUAAAUGUCUGUAAGGUUUGAUUGUAAAUGCAAAAAUUAUUCAAUAAAAAAAAA